AUGCAGUCGGUUCUUCAAUACCGGAGAUUUCGCAAGCAAGUGGAAGAGCAGUACAGUCGGCACGCAGAACAUAUCGAGAAGUCUGUCACUGGAGAAAGAGUUCGUCAACCGAGCCACCCACCACCAUCGAGCGCGUCGCCAAGUUCAUCUGCAUCACGUUCAAGUCAAUCGCUUGAUCUGGAGCAUGUCGACACCGAGAAGGACGCAGCGUUCCCAGGAACAGCCGCUCCCAAUGUUGGCGCAUCACAACACACACAAGGAGAAGCCGAAGCUGGUCAGGGAGCUCAUCUCACACAACCAUCCCAGGAUGCUAGCCGUACGUUGAGCCGGAUAGCCACUGCACGCUCCAUCGGCACCAGACUUGGUGUGGCAUUCACGGGCAUCGCUGUUCGUGACCGACGCACGAACGAAGGCGGACCAGAUGCAGGCAAAGUUUUCGUCGUAAGAUUCGAAGGCGACAACGACCCUUCGAAACCCCAGAACUGGAGUCACGCCAAGCGCAUCUGCGCGACCGCCAUGAUAGCGCUGAUCGGUUUUGUGGUCGGAGUAGCAUCCUCGAUUGACUCCCCAGCGACCUCCAGAGCCGCACAGGAGUUCGGUGUCAGCGACGUUGUCGAGAUCCUAGCAACCGGCCUCUAUCUCAUCGGCUUCGGCGUUGGUGCUCUCUUCGCAGGCCCUUUCAGCGAAACCCUUGGACGCAACCCAGUCUACAUAAUCACAUUGACCACGUACAUGAUCUUCAUCAUGGCUUCUGGACUUGCAAAGAACAUUCAGCAACAGCUAGUCUUCCGCUUCCUGGCUGGGUUCUUUGGCUCCACACCCCUCACUUGCGCUGGUGGAUCUAUCAGCGAUCUCUGGACCCCAAUGGAGCGUGUCUUCGCUUUCCCAAUGUUCGCUAACGCCGCAUUCCUUGGUCCAGUCAUGGGGCCGGUGAUAGGUGGCUUCAUCGCGCAAAGCACGGUGGUGAGCUGGCGGUGGGUGGAGUGGACGACGCUCAUCAUGUCCGGACUGGUACUCAUUCUUGUCGUUAUCUUUCAGCCCGAGACAUACGCUCCAAUCCUUCUCGCAUGGAAGGCCCAGCAUCUACGCUCCGUCACAGGAGACAAGAGAUUCGUCGCCGAGAUGGAAAUCCGCGGCGAGCCGUUCUUGAAACGCCUUGGGGUCGCCUUGUACAGACCCUUUCUCAUCGCCAUCGAGCCCAUUGUCUUCCUGGUCACUCUGUACCUUACAGUGAUUUACAUUGUACUCUUCACCUUCCUCGACGGCUAUGACUACAUCUUCGGCUCCACCCAUGGCACCUCGCCCGGCAUCACCGGCCUCUGCUUCCUCAACAUCGCCAUCGGUCUAUUCGGCGCAAGCCUCUGGGUGCCGCUCAUCUACAAAUGGGCAAAACGCGACAUGACGCGCAUUGAAGAGCAAGGCGGCACAAGACUGCCCCCGGAGUUCAGGCUCUGGUAUGCCAUGUUCGGCGCGCCCGCUAUCCCCAUCAGUCUGUUCUGGAUGGGCUGGACCAGCUACCCACACAUCUCCAUCUGGAGCCCCAUCGCAGCAGGUGUGCUGUUCGGCUACGGUGUGCUCUGCGUCUUCAUCUCCAGCUACCAGUACAUCAUCGACUCGUACGAGAUGUAUGCCGCGAGUGCGCUGACGUCGGUCACGCUGGUGCGUUAUGUUACCGCGGGUGGUAUGACGGUGGUAGGGAUACCGUUCUAUAAGAAUAUGGGCGUGCAUUGGACACUUACGAUUCUUGGCGGGAUUAGCGCUGUGCUUGUCCCGGUUCCGUAUCUCUUCUAUAUUUAUGGGAAGAGGAUCAGGGGAAUGAGCAGGUACGCUGUUGUGCAUGAGUGA